UCCGCUUCUCCACAGUUCUUUGUGAUAAUGUCGUCUGAGCAUGAAGAUAGACCCAGAGACAAUGGCCCAGAGGGUAUGGAGCCAGAUGGAGUCAUUGAGAGUAACUGGAAGGAGAUUGUUGAUAGUUUUGAUGAUAUGAACCUGCGAGAGGCUCUUCUCAGAGGAAUCUAUGCUUAUGGUUUUGAGAAACCAUCAGCCAUUCAGCAGAGAGCAAUUCUCCCUUGUAUCAAGGGGUAUGAUGUCAUUGCACAGGCACAGUCUGGCACAGGAAAGACUGCAACCUUUGCCAUCUCCAUUCUGCAACAGGUUGAUGUGGAGCUGAAGGCUACGCAAGCUAUGGUGCUGGCUCCUACCAGAGAGCUGGCCCAACAGAUUCAGAAGGUGGUCCUGGCUCUUGGGGACUACAUGGGUGCUACCUGCCAUGCCUGCAUUGGUGGGACCAAUGUCCGCAAUGAUGUUCAGAAACUUCAGGCUGAUGUACCACACAUAGUGGUUGGGACACCCGGACGUGUUUUUGACAUGCUCAAUCGCAGAUAUCUCUCUCCCAAGUAUAUAAAGAUGUUUGCGCUAGAUGAGGCAGAUGAAAUGUUAAGCCGUGGAUUCAAGGAUCAAAUCUAUGAGAUCUUUCAAAAGUUGGGCACAGACACUCAGGUGAUUCUUUUGUCUGCCACAAUGCCUCAGGAAGUGCUUGAGGUGACUACCAAGUUCAUGAGAGAUCCUAUUCGUAUCCUGGUCAAGAAAGAAGAGCUGACCCUUGAGGGUAUUCGCCAGUUCUACAUUAAUGUUGAGAAAGAGGAGUGGAAAUUGGACACACUGUGUGAUCUCUAUGAAACUCUGACAAUCACUCAGGCUGUGAUAUUCAUUAACACUCGCAGGAAGGUCGACUGGUUGACUGAGAAAAUGCACGCAAGAGACUUCACCGUUUCUGCACUGCACGGUGACAUGGAGCAAAAGGAGAGGGACGUUAUUAUGAAAGAAUUCCGUUCUGGUUCAAGCAGAGUCCUCAUCACUACUGACCUGCUGGCAAGAGGCAUAGAUGUACAGCAGGUUUCUUUGGUCAUCAACUAUGAUCUUCCAACCAACAGGGAGAACUAUAUCCACCGUAUUGGACGAGGCGGCCGCUUUGGCAGAAAGGGCGUCGCUAUCAACAUGAUCACCGAAGAUGACAAGCGCACGCUCCGAGACAUUGAGACCUUCUACAAUACUACUGUUGAGGAAAUGCCCAUGAACGUUGCUGAUCUGAUCUGAGACCCCUGCCUUUUUCCACUCCUUACCUUCCCAUUUUAUUUCCUUUUUUUUUCUCCUACAACCCACACCCUUUGUGCAACCCCCUUCACAAACCAAGUACUGUCACUUUUGCGGACAAUAUUUCUUUGUCAUUUAGUAUAACAUUUUGGCCACUUGUCUGUGAACUGAGAGUUCACAAAAUUUCUCUCAAUGCCCAUCUAACUAAAUGUUGUACAUUUUCUCUGAACAGUACCAUCAUUAGCAAAGAGGACUAUUUACAGGGCUUAUUUGCAUGUUAUGGUAUAAAUGUUAAUGCACUGACUGGCAUAAUGGUUCAGAGACAUGUCUUGCUUUUGAGUGUUGAUUUAAUAUUGAGAUGUGAUCAUUUAUCAUCCAAGUUUUGGCAAGGCAUAUGAAGUAGAGCGGCUUGGCUUUUAUCUUGUGGAUUUUAACAUGACUCCAAUUAUAAGAUUGCUGCCAUUCCCUUUCUAGAAAUAUGUGAGUGAAGAACACAAGAUCUGUUUGAGAUAAACAUGCUUGAUUCCCGUGUGCCGUUGGUUAAGGAACAUGGAUUUGAUUGUACAAUUGCAAAAAUGUAUUCAAGCAACCUUCUCCUGUUGUCCAAUACUUCUGUUACAUCUCAUGUGUUGUCCUGUGUGUAUGGCUGUAGCAUUUUCAAAAUAAGCUCUACUCUGGUGGGUUGGAUGGCUAAAGGCAUUAUAGAAAUGGUUUGAUGGUUAUGGCCCACCAGUGUAUUUGCUCAUUUUCUCUGCAUCAAAGUCCUUGAUGUGUGGGAGGGUUGCUCCCAAAACCUACCUCACCAAAAUAUGUUGGAGGGGUCUAAAAUGUAAAGGACCAAACUGCAGUAGUAGUGUAUAGAUAUCAAUGUCUUUGUAUUGUUCAGAAUGCUUAAUGUCUUCUGUUGGGUGGGUUUGGAUGUGGGUUUACAUUGGUCAGUGCUAUUUUUUUAAACAAAUUUAUUACAAAUGUGAUAAUUAUUAACCUUUUUGAGACAGAAGCCAUGUAUUAAAUCUUUUCUACAUUGGACUCUGUAUAGUAUUUAUUUUAAUGGUCUGAAAUAAAGGUAUUUCCCAUUUUUAA